AGAGAGAGAGAGAGAGAGAGAGAGAGAGAGAGAGAGAGAGAGAGAGAGAGAGAGAGAGAGAGAGUUAGAGAGAGAGAGCAUUCCCUUCACCGCCAGCCGGCAGAUAGUCUUGGAUCUGACAGCAGACGGAACAACGGAGAGAAACAAUCCCUUCCUCUCUACCUAACUGCUUGUCGAGCGUGGCCCCUGCCUCUUCUACCAUGGCCCCAGGGCCCCUAACCAAGCGCCCUGCAGGGGUUCAUCUUCUCAUCCUCCUUGUCGGACUACUUCUCCCAUCAUGCCUUGUGUCGGGCCAGACCUCCACCAGUGCGCCCACCGGUGCGCCCACCGGUGCGCCUACCAGUGCCUUCACCAGUGCCUCCACCAGUGCGCCCACCAGUGCCUUCACCAGUGCCUCCACCAGUGCGCCCACCAGUGCGCCCACCAGUGCGCCCACCAGUGCGCCCACCAGUGCGACCACCAGUGCGCCCACCAGUGCGCCUACCGUUGCCUCCACCGGUGCCUCCACCGGUGCGCCCACCAGUGCGCCCACCAGUGCGCCCACCAGUGCGCCCACCAGUGCGCCCACCAGUGCGCCCACCAGUGCGCCCACCAGUGCGCCCACCAGUGCGCCCACCAGUGCGCCUACCGUUGCCUCCACCGGUGCCUCCACCGGUGCCUCCACCGGUGCGCCCACCAGUGCGCCCACCAGUGCGCCCACCAGUGCGCCCACCACCGGUUACACCAUGUCUGCGGGGCCGAGCAACUCCACUUGGGGUUCCAUGUCAAACAUGAGCUCUACGAGUAUGAUCAACUGUCCUUUGAUUACAUGUAACUACUCUGACUGCUACACAUCCUACCAGUCCAACAUGAACAGCAGCUGGUGCUCCUCGGAUUCCAAAAACUGUCAGGUGCUCAGGCAGACGGACAUGUGCUACGUAGUGAGCUGCACUGUUUCCUGCAUGGACAUGUGUAUGAACACAUCCCAGAACAACUGCUCCUCCGCCUGCUGCAACUCCACCGCCUGCAUGGACGCUACCUUCAACGCCAUGAUGAUGAUGAGCACCACGACCACAGUGAUGCCUCCAACCACAACAGCCCGCACCACAACCACCACCACUCCCGCCACCACCCCUGACAAUAGGAACCAGUGUCACACGGGUGGUUGCAGUGACAAGCCAGACUGCUACAAAAGCAUUACUACAGCUGGAAAAUGCACUUCUGACCAGAAAUACUGCCAGCUAAAGAAGGAGAUCGUCGCCUCCAAGGUGAAGUGGACGUUUGGAUGCACCACGAACUGCUCCACUGAGACCUGGUGCACCCCCUCCACCACCAGCGCCUGUCUCCAGGAGUGCUGCCUCAGCGCCAAGACGUCGUGCUUGGCCAUGAACGGCACGCUGAACGUUCCCUCUUCAGCCACCAGAGGUCCUCGUUUCUGCGUAUAUUUGAUAGUGUUGAUUUGCCUCCUGGUCGUCGGCGGUCUAUGUACUAUUUAAACGACAGGCGCCAGAGCAUACACGCUAUGAGACCGGCAACCUUCGAGUAACUGCUAUUAAACUCAGAAAAUAAUCCUAGCACAGUUUAGAAUAUUUCCGUUUGACCACUUUAUAUUCCCAGUAGAGGGAAGGCCCACUUGUUUCACGUAGGCAAACAAAAAUAUAUCAAGGCAACUGAUGAAAGAAAAAGAAAACUUUUGAUUACUUUUUUUUCAUAAGCUAUUUUGUGCCUAUUGCGUCUGAAUGGUAUUCAUUUUGGGUACAAUUAUAUUGCUUUGGUGUGUUUAAAGUGUCCUGUUCGAGAAAACCCAUAUGUGCACGAAUGAAGGUUAUAUCUGUGUGGGUCUGUCCAUUUCAAAGGAACUGUGAAUGUAGCCCACUUUUGAUUGUUAACAGUGGUUGCAAAGUUCAAAUUCAUGAGUCCAGAUGUUGUCAAUGAAGAUCCAUUGAUGAAUCUGAAGGCACUUUAUUUAAAAUGAGAGAAAGAAGACGAAUGUAAUCCUUUUAGUUUUACUGAGGUGUUUAAAUGGUUUUGCUGAAUCAUACAGUAUGACUUUAUGGCACACAACUACCUUUGUCUACUUUGUAAUCUUUUUCAAGUGUAUAGGAUGAAUCUGAAUCUGUUUGAUGAAGUCUAUUUUUCAAUAUGAUAUAUCUUAAUGCUGCCUGCCAUAAAUAAUAAUUAAAAUAUGAUAGAUUUAGGCUAUAAAUGUAUCC